GCACUUUCCCUGGCCCCGCCCCUUCCUCUGAGCUUAAGGUCCUCUGGCCGCGCCUCCGGGUUUGCAAAGCGGAUCGCCAUGGCUGGGAAGAAAGCACUGAUUGUCUUGGCCCAUGCUGAGAAGACCUCCUUCAACUUCGCCAUGAAGGAGGCGGGCGUGGAGGCCCUGCGGAAGUGCGGCUGGAGCGUGACCGUCUCCGACCUCUACGCCAUGAAGUUCAACCCGGUCCUUUCAAGGGGGGAUGUCACAGGUGCCUCAAAGAACCCAGAAGAGCCUUUCAACUAUGGCGCGGAGACUGCCAAAGCCUGGAAGGAAGGCCGCCUGAGCAAGGACAUCCAGGAGGAGCAAGAGAAGCUGAAGGCUGCCGACCUGGUCAUCUUCCAGUUCCCCAUGCAGUGGUUUGGAGUGCCGGCCAUCUUGAAAGGCUGGUUCGACCGCAUCCUGACCUCAGGCUUCUCCUACUCCUACCACACCUUGUACGACCAGGGGCCCUUCAAGAACAAGAAAGCCGUCUUGUCCCUCACCACCGGCGGAAUGGCCUCCAUGUACACCCCUGAAGGCAUCAAUGGAGACAUCAACGUCCUCCUUUGGCCCAUACAGAGAGGUUACCUCCAGUUCUGUGGCUUCCAAAUCCUGGAGCCCCAGAUUGCCUACAGCAUCGGCCACACUCCGGCAGAGGUCCGCACCCAGAUCCUGGAGGGAUGGAAGAAGCGGCUGGGCUCCAUCUGGGAGGAGAAGACCCUCUCCUUCGUCCCGACAGCCGACUUCAAGCCCAUGGCCCAGGGCUUUGAUCUGCGGGAGGAGGUCCUGGAGCAGCAGAAGGGCAAGAAGUACGGCCUGAGCGUGGGGCAGAACCUGGGCAAGGCCUUCCCGCCCAACAGCCAGGUCAAGGCUGAAUAGUCAUCGCAGGAGUCACUUGGGCCACAGUACUUUCCUUCGCCAUUGGGCCUCUUCCUUUAUUCUCAAAAUACUGUAUUUCAUCACAUAAUAGUCGCACCUUCCCUCCAUUUUUUCAAGAAAAGGGGGUGUGGCUAUUAUGCGAGGAAGAAAUAUGUUGGUUUUUGAAAAAAUAAAUAAAAUGGUUUACCCCCGAAAGGGAAAGAGGAGGGAUGAUCCAACCUCAAACACACCACUCCAUUUCUCUUCAUUCCUUCUUUCUCCGAAGACAGUUGAAAAGCUAUAAAAUUGAGGUCUCUGUAGCUCCGUUCUUCUCUGAGGCCUUAAGGCUGUUUACAAAACCUGGAGUUAUUUGGAGAAAGGAGGUAAGAUCUAAGUUCCAGAGACGUUCCUUCCAGUUGUUUUAAACCUGCUUUAAGGCCUUGGAGGAAGAUGCAAGGAGAGAAAGGUAGAGCUUCGGAAAACUUCCAUUGUGUAAUUUUUAAAUUGCUUAAGGCCUUCAGAGAAAAAAAUUAAGGAAAAAGAAUCAGCCUCAAAUGGGGGUGCGACUAUUAUAUGAGGAACACAAAACACUCUUUUUGGCACCCAAAAAAUGGAGAAUGUGACUAUUAUGCGAUGAGAUACAGUAGUUUGAACCAGAGUUGCCUGUUUGUGAAUCAGGCACCGAAGGGCUUUGCACACUCAAGAAGGCCCUGGCACUGGGCAUUUCAACGGUUUGGCACUAGCACCAUAAAACUUGGGAGAUUUAGGGGCAGGGGUUCAGACAGCACUUUUCUAUACUUAUUUCCUUCCCUGCUCUUUUCUUUGGACACUUCAGAAAGAAGUGAUGUGUGCUCUCUUCUUUGGAGACAGGCAUUCUGUCGAUGGCAGAACUCCAGCAGAGAUGAGGAUCUUAUUACACUCCAGAGAGGAAAUAAAUACCUCUCAAGCUCUUUCCAAGGCACUUUCCUUGUCUCUCAAGAAUAAAAGCUUAGUGCCAUCUCCCUUUUUUAUAUUUUCCACUGGUAGAAUGUAAUCACUGAA